AUGGACAACGCGGGGUGGCAUGCCUUUCGUCGCGCUCAACGAGAGAGCGAGAGUUUCGUCUCCCCUCAGCGGGGUCCUGACGGGAGGUAUCUUCCCGUAGAGCAAAUUACACCAAUGGAUGAACAUUUUAUUGGCGGCUUCCAUCCUCAUAUACCCAGUCGCGCCCCAUCUCCAGCGCCUCCGUUGCCGCCCAAGGACUGGAUUCAGCCAGGUUUCACCAGCAGUCAAGGAAGCCAACUCACCAUGUCUUCUUCCCAAAUGACACACUUGAGCGCAAUUGAGCGGUCACAGUUGCUCCGGGUUGCUCGAAUGAAUCCUCAUCUCCAGUUCAUGGUUGGCCCCCUCCUACGAUAUGACACCGUUGAUGAGCACGGAGUAUGGCACGGAGCAGCACUCGUAGUUACGGCCGAUGCUGGGUCUACUUACGAGCCACAUCCCACUCUGACUUACGAGUGGGACCCCGAACUUCGUACCCGUUCCGAAUACCUCAGACAUCAAGGUUCUUCGGGGCAUAGCAAUAGAGGUAGAUCGUUCGACCUUGGACCACAUCCUGCCGAUCCCCACUCGUCAGUUAUGCCAAUCGCACCACCAGGAAGUCCUAUGAAUGGCAAGACCGCCAGUUUUCACGCCGAGGAAUCACCGGGCCAAGAAAUUUGGGUAUACGGUGGAAAUGGAGGGACUUUCACCUUUUGGCGGUUCAUGAUCCAUAUUCCUUUGGGACACCAUGAAAUGGCUGUAUCGUACUCGAUCAACAAAGGACAGAAGCUAUAUUUUUUCGUCCCAGGGCGAAAUCAAAACAUGAGAUGGGCAGCGUACUCGUGCAAUGGGUUCUCUGCUGGGGUCAAUCCCGAUGACUUCAGAGGACCUGGUUUUCACACUGGGUAUGAUCCGGUGUGGGUAGAUUUACUUGAAAAGCACGCUGAGAAGCCGUUUCAUAUGUUAAUGGGUGGAGGUGAUCAGAUAUAUUGCGACGGACUGACUCGGGAGCCUGAACUGCAAGAGUGGAUUGCAAAAAUGAAACCCGAUGAGAGGAAAUCACAUCCUCUCAGCGAGGAAAUCAGCGAGGCGAUUGAUAGAUUUUAUUUCAAUCACUAUUGUCAGACUUUUCGAAGUGGGGCAUUCGCAAGAGCGAAUAGUUCUAUACCUAUGAUGAAUAUGUGUGACGACCAUGGUACUGUAUCAAUCAUUGAUGGGUUUGGCAGCUAUCCGGAUGAUCUCCAGGUUGCACCUGUAUUUCAAACCAUCGGCGCGAGGGGCUACUUUUUCUUCUUGUUGUUCCAAUGCUUCCUGAACGUUGAAAUUGAUGGUAUCAAUGAUCACCGAGGACAACAUGUGAAUAGAUCUGUCAUUAUUGGAGGCCCCGGACCAUACGUGAAGCUACAUUCUCAUUCUUUUCUGGCCUCUCUUGGACCCCAGGCGGCUAUACUAAUGUUGGAUUGUCGUGCCGAACGAAAGAAAGAUCAAGUGUGCAGCCGUUAUGAGUAUGAUAAGAUAUUUAAGCGAUUACAGGAGCUACCAGAGAGUGUGGAGCAUCUUAUAAUACAACUGGGUAUUCCAAUUGCAUAUCCCCGCAUGGUCUUUUUGGAGUCCGCUCUGGAGUCCAGAUUCAAUCCUAUCGUUGCGCUUAGCAAAACGGGGUCUCUAGGCUUGUCAGGAUUUGUUAAUAAGUUCAAUGCAGAUGCAGAACUUUUAGACGAUCUGAACGAUCAUUGGACUGCUCGUUCUCAUAAGCGAGAGCGGAAUUGGCUUAUAUUAGAGCUACAGAAAAUUGCUUUGGCCAAGCAUUUGAGAAUCACGUUUGUUUCUGGGGACGUUCACUGUGCGGCUGUGGGAGUUUUCAAAACGUUACGAGCCAAAGGCAGAAGCGAGAUUCAGCCUUCCGUGGAUCAUCGGUACAUGGUCAAUGUAGUGACAAGUGCAAUUGUGAAUACGCCUCCGCCAAUGGGUGUCAUAACGAUGGUUUGCUCGCUGGCGUCAAAAAAUCAUAGGACGCUUCAUCACGUUGAAACUGAUGAGACCAUGCUACCGCUUUUUUCCAAAGACACCGACGGUUCUUAUCGAAAAUUGAGGUAUAUCAUGGGCCGCAGAAAUUGGUGUAGCGUUGAUUGGGAACAAUCUUCGGGCGACCUCAUGUUUGAUAUACGCGUUGAGAAGGAGAAAGGUCUUGGAAUAACUGUCGGGUAUUCUAUUCGGACGCCGCCUCCACGUUGGAAUUGA